AUGGAUACCCCCAACUCUACUAGCAGAGCGGAAGAAGCUCUUUCAUCGCAAAAUAUUCUUGAUCGCGCUGCCGCGUGCCUGGGCGAUGCGGAGGUGCCUCUGAAGAAUGCCUGGGAAGCCAUAGCACUGGUUGGCCACGCUUGUAUGAGCGCCGUUGACUUUAGGCUUAUUGGCCUUGAAGAAGAUCACAAAAUAGAAUCGCAGGAACCGUCAUCACCGCUCCCGAAAGAGUGGAAUGCCGGCUCCACCUACGCUUUCAAAUAUGCCCACCCCAAAUCCUCCAUGCAAUUUUUGCUAAAAGUCAGCCGACUCGGUGGCAACGCUGUCAUCUUCGCGCUGGCCCUGGGCCACGACAAGACCACAACUUUCGACUUGCCUGUCAAGGACUACAUUUCCGAAUCGUCCCUCCCCCUAUCCAAAUCUGCAUCUGCAGAGACCUCCCGAUCUCUCGAGCACAUUUUUAUUUCCCCAUCCCGCCUCACUGAUCUCAUCAGCCUGUUCAGAAUCAAUGUGAUCCAGAAGCUUGUUCCCGGUCUACAGAAGGAAGGAUACGAAGAUUUCAGCCGCGAGCGGCAGGUGGCUGGACAGGACAGGGACGAACGGGCGGGACGACAGCCGAUACGAGAUCCGCUGCGUGACGACCGCAUGCCAGACCCAGCUCGUCCGUAUCCAUUUAAUGACCCCCUAGCUGUUCCUCCACGACGACCAAUUCCCGCGGCCGACUUCCCUCCACCGGGGUUUGAGGAUGAAUACGAAAUCAAUGUGCCUCCCAGGGGUAUCUAUCCGGGCCAGGGCCCACCACGGGCACCAAAUAUUGGAGAACGUGAUCUGUAUCCCCCCAGCUUGGGCCCGCAUGACCCACUGGUAGGACACCUGGGACCGCAGCGGGGUGGAGGGAUGCAUCCGACAUUUGAUGAUCCUCUGUUUCAACGUGGGGGGGUAAGUGGUGGUGAUGAAUACAACUCUCAAGUUCCUCCUGGGGCAAGAUAUGACCCUGUUGGUCCCGGCGAUGGACCGCCAAUGGGACGGGGUAGUGGUCCAGGAUUUCCUGGGGGACGUGGAGGACGAGGUGGGUUUGGAGGGGGAUUUGGAGGAGGAUUUGGAGGAGGUGCCUUUGGUGGUGAUAUAAUUUAG